AUGAACAGCUACACGGUUCUGCUCCUAUUGGCAAUGUGCGGCUUGGCAGCGAGCCAAUGGGGCGGCGGCGGGCCAGGAUGGGGCGGUCCGGGCGGUCCCGGAGGCUGGAACGGGCCCAACGGGGGCUGGAAUGGUCACGGUGGCGGCGGUCCAGGCGGCUGGAAUGGAAACGGAGGCGGGCGCAAUGAAUGGGGUAACGGAGGAUGUAAGUUGCGCUCCGUUGAGAAUCUCUUUCUGAAUCAUCGAUGAAUCAAAAAAAAUUAAAAUUCUAUUAGUCCUUUAACGAACUGAUCAAGACUUCUAUGCUUAAAAAUAUCAAGGAAGAGUCCUGUUUUUGCCAUUUUCAGAAAAAAAUUUUAUCAAUUUGGUUCGGAUCAUGUCGAAAAAUUUUCUUUUUGUCGUUUUCAAGUAUUAUUUUUUAUUAAAAAGCAGGGUAAAACAUAAGAGUGGCCCCUAUAGGAGUAAGGGCCAAAAAAGUGGUCCCUAUAGUGGUUUAGAAUCUGAUCCCUUAGCCCCUAAAAAAGGUUAUUUUUUUAGUUUUUCGCGUCGAGUUCGUUAAAAUUAUUGACUAGACUGACUCCUAUAGGGAGCACUUUUGCAAGCUUUAUUGGCCCCUAUAGAGGUUGGUAAAGUGGUCCCUAGAGGACACCCUCAAAAGGCUCCGCAGGUUACCCCUGUAGUGAUCCCUCUGGAGUUCCUAAGAGCUCAUAAGUUUCAAAAAUGAGCUGUAAUCUGAGGUUGUUGGUUUGAAUCCUGAUUGGUUUUUUUAAGCCAGAAUCGGCUGAAAACCUUUUUUUUCUUUUAAGAAGGACCUAUUGUUCAUCGAAACUGUUCUAAUCCCAUUAUUGAUUUUUCAAAGUCUUAAAUUAUAGUAUUCUGACCAAAAAAUGGAAGGAACUGACUUCUUUUGAACCUCAUUUUCCUCGUUUUCCAGUCGGCGGACGAGGCGGCGGUCGCGGUGGCGACUUCGGCGGCCGUGGCGAUUUCGGCGGUCGCGGCGACUUCAAUGGACGCGGCGGCGAUUUCGGCGGCCGAGGCGACUUCGGAGGUCGCGGCGGCGGUGGCCGCGGCGAUUUCGACGGCGGAUUCGGUGGAAACCGAGGGAACAAUGGCGGUUUUGGAGGAAAUCGAGGCGGUGAUUUUGGAGGUUUGGGAAUUUUUCUUGCGAUUUUUGGAUCUUAUGCCGUGUUCAUAGUAAUUUCCGUGAGACUCUCCAAAAUAUAGUUAUCUCUUUCACGCAUUGACACGGCAUUACUGGGAAAAUUUUUAGUGGCCACUAUAGUAGUCAAAUUAGUGGCCACUUAAGGGGUUCAAAAUUAGUGGCCACUAUACACGGCGUUUCUGCCAGUUGAAGAAAAUGCAAGGAAUUUGAAACUCGGCAAAGUCUGCGCACUUCUCGAAAUUCGCCCGCGAAAUUUGAAAAAGUGGCUUUAUUUUUGAUUUUUUGUCUAUUUUUUCAUAUUUUUUCACUUUUUCUUUUCGUAGAUUGCUGAUAGUAUUGCGGGACCACGAUCGGGGUAUACUCUGGGUUGUUAGACGUUUUUUUGAAAGUAGUUCUGUGAGGCUAACUUUAAAACUCGUGAUGAAGAAGCGUUUUGAAAAUCUCCACCUGUUUGUAUGGAACAUGUUUCACCCCAUUUUAUGUUUUUCUUAUUCUAUUUUUUUGUCGAUUGUUCAGAUUCCUAGGUUGUGGACAUCAAUGAGAUGAAGUUACAUGAAAAAAAGUCUGUGAAGUUGAGAAAGUAUGUUCCGGAAUUCAUUUAUAUCCGGAUAUUCCGUCAACUUUUUUUAUAAUAAAAAAAGUACUUGCUUUAAAAACAUCUUUUUAUUUGUUUCUCCACAGCAAUAUAGUUUUAUUUAAUCUCUUUUUAAUUUCCUCGUCUUUUUUUCUUCAAUGUUCAUUCGUUUCUCACACUUAUAUCAUCGGUUAACCUUAUUUUCCAAAUUUUUUGUGCGUGCACUAAACACGUCCUAAUUGACGGAGAAAAGUGGGCGGGGCGUCGCAAAAGAAACACCGUGUAUAGAGGUCUAAGGGCUACUACUAGACCACUAAAAAUUUAAGUAGCCACUUUAGGGGUCAAUGGAUCAUCAUAACUGGUCCAAUCUGUUUGUUUUAAAACUAUCAGAGUUACUGGAAGGAAUACUGGAUGAAAAACUACAUAAGUGGCCACUAAAACGGAAAAUAGUGGCCACUUUAGUGUCCUCUCCAAGUAGUCUCUUUAGUGGCCACUAAAGUUUUCCCAGUAGUUUGAAAGAGCUCUUCAAAUUUCAAUAGUCCAAAACAGCGAAAAAAAAAUUAAUUCCAAAAUUUUUCCAGGACGAGGAGGCGGCAACGGUGGCGGCCGUAAUGAUGGACCUAACCGUGAGUUUUUCUUUACUCCAGCAAAAAUCUCUCCUAGACUCGAACCCGCGACCCUUUGAGCCUCAAAAAAUGGUAAUUUUCAGCCAACGGCGGCCUGAUCAUCGCCGACCGUGUCCUGGGAUCCCUUCUCGGAUAA